GAUCCGAGCAGACCAGGAAAUCGCUGGGCAUUUGAACUGGCCAGCACGGGUCACUCUGGGAUGAGCUUGGCAAAGUACUACAUGUAGGUCUGUACAUUGUCGUCUGUUCAGGACAGCCAUAAAAUUGAUAUUUCUGAGCGGAAUCGCAGGGGCUCCUAGUCCGCUAGCGAUUGCUUGGUUUUGAACUUCGACCCGGAACGGACCACCAUCUCUUCAGAGGCUGGUUUGCUACUGUGGACUUUUUGGUGGACUACCUAAGCCGGGACUCGGUGGCCCACCGUAGCUCGAGCUGCCUUUUGGCUGCUGAUCAGGAUUGACCAGUCCAACCGACACUCACGACUUACUUUGCCCGGUGCCUCCUCCACAUUCUUCCCCUCCACACGAACCACCCCCAAAGGAGCUCUGGAAGGGAUACUGACAUCGCCAAACCGUUUCUUCUGUUUUUAUUCUUUUUUCCCCCUCAAGUCCGUUCAUUUCCUUUUAGAUACCCUCGGAUUUUUUUGUCGUUUGUGGUUUUUGUUUUCCCUCCUUGUCCUUUUCCUGUCAAAUUGCUUUUUUGUUCCUUUUCUCUCUGCCGCUUUUGGUUGCACUACCCCGGUCCCUGGUUUGCACCAAAGAAAGCUACGUGCUGUGGCCGUAGUGGCUUUCCUCUCGUUACGCCUCUCACAGUCUUGUGUCUCGUCGGGUCCAGCCAUCCACCGCCGCAUUCUUUCGUCACGCCCACGAACCCGACCGACACCAUGAACAAGCUUGCCAACAUGCGUCACUGGUCCGAGAGGAUGACGCCGGCCAGCUUUGGAAUGUCAUCGCGCCCGAAUGGUCCGAUGCCUGCCGUCGGCCCAGGUCCUCAUCAGAAAAUGGCUUCAACGAGCGCCCCUCAGCAAGGACCUUCCCACGUUUUGGAUUCGCCAUUACACUACUCAUUCAACGUGCCGUUGUCCUCCGACCUAGCCGGCCCCGACACCGAAGACAUACUUCACGCAACCACUGACGCCGUCCUACGCUGGACCCACCCCGAAGAUGCCCCCGACGACGUGCCCGUUCAUGAACUACCAGUCCACGCUCAGAAUCUGUCAAACUUGCGAAAGCUAUGCAAGGACUUCACCACGAGUCCACUCGACAUCGAAGCCCACGUCAUUUCGACAACACCAAAGCAUAUCAAGGGACAGGUGACGACAGUCUGCUUGUCAGGCGCGGCUGAACUCGUCUACCACGCGAGGGACACGAUAUUAAACGAGACGCCACUGACCCUCCGUUGCACCAUCAUCGACAUUGAUGGAGAUAUGUUUCUUGAUCCGCAGACUGGAGGUCUCAAAGCACCUGUAACGAACACCCUAGACUACACGUCGAGCUUCUGUGGUGUCGACAUCUUCCUCCUCGGGCCUAAACUCACUCCGCUCGCUGAUGGCCUGAAUGGUGACAGUGAGGUUCGAAGGGACCAGCGCUGGAGGUUGGCCAUCUACGGCGAUCAUCUGUCCUCCGAGCACGCGAAGACUCGGCUUCUGAUCCACAUAGAUCAAAUGCUUGGUCGGGUUAUCGAUGGACUGCACGCCGAGUUGACCUUGCAUCAACCUCUUUGUGGCCGCAACAGGAAAACCAUCAAGCUCAUCGAGUCGACGACGCGUACUGCCAUCUACAUGCCGCCAUCAUUUUCUUCGGUGUUCCGGUACUGCCCAGUCAAUGCCCAAGCGCGCGACCCGAACCAGAUCUUCAUCACAGGAGAGGACCCAGCACAUAUCGAACUCGCCAAGAAAAAAAUGCACGAGGUCCUCAACCGACUGCGGCUUUUCGUGAAGGAGGUCGAGAUUCCUUCGGAGAAGAUUGACAACAUUCUUCUCAGCCGUAUGGACAAGGUGCAGAAGAUCACCGAGACUUUUGGAACCUACAUUUCGUUCCCACCUCUUGGCUCCCGCAAGACCAUUGUCAGAAUUCAGGGACAGGAGAACCUACACAUUGAAAGGACCGCGCGGGAACUCAUGGCACUUGUGGGACAAUUUUACAGCGGCUUUUGGUCCAUCACCCAAACCGAUGCCCGCCAGCACCCAACCGCCCAUGACAUCCACACCAUGCUUGGCGACAUCUGCGCCAACUCGGAUGCGGACAUAUCGUUCCAAAGACUGGCUUUCAGAAUCACCGGAUCCGAUGAUGCAGUCAAGGCUGCCCUCAUGGUACUGUCUCAGAUCAAAUUUGCAUCCCAGUCAACGUACCAGAUCAAGGUCAAGAUUGAACUUGCGAACGAGCACAAGGAGUUUGUUAGCGGAAAGAAGAAUGGAAAGAUCAACAAGAUUAUGGGACAGAGCAGCGUUCAGAUCAUGUUCGAGGGAUUCGGAGAGUACAACUUCAACAUCGACGUGAACGCCCAAUCGUACGAAUCCAUGAAGCAAGGCCUCUCGCUCGUGGAGCAGGAAAUGCCAGCCUCGAUCUCGUUCCAUGUUCCUGACCAGUACCACAAACGUAUCAUUGGGAUUGGCGGCCAGCAUAUCCAAAGGAUCAUGAAAAAGCACUCGGUUUUCGUCAAGUUUUCGAACGCUAUGGACCGAGGGGGCUUGCGAGAGGAGGAUGACAUCCGUGUCGACAAUGUGAUCUGCCGUACACCGGCUCGCAAUGCUCAGAACCUGGAGCUAGUGAAAUCCGAAAUUCUUGAGAUGGUGGACAGAGUUGACUCGGAGUUCACCUCACAGAUAGUCAACGUCGAUCGCCUCUACCACCGUCAACUUCUCACACGUCUUGGUGAGAUUGAAGGUCUCGAAAAGAAGUGGAACUGCAAGAUUGUUUUCCCCAGCACCGAGCAGGCCAGCGAUGAGGUUACCGUCACUGGUCCCCAGUGGCAGGUGCCUCAGUGCGUGGACGAAUUUCUGGGAAUGGUUUCGGACAAUCAUGAACUGGUCCUGGCUCGCACGCCAACUUUGAUCAAGUAUCUCGAGUCUCCAGAGUUUGCCCAUGAUAUCGUGACUAAGCUUAAGACCCAGCACGAGGUGGAGGUCACGGUCCACCACAACAAAGACGAGUUGACGGAGGAGGGUGAGCCCACAGUGACUCUUCUGUGGACUUUUACCCGCAACAACGCUGGCGGUCUGCGUGACGCCAUUGAAUUCCUCCAGAAUCAGUUUGUCACUAAUGGUGCCGAGGCCAACGUGAUUAAGGGGUCCAUACCCCGUCCGAAGUCUGACACCUUUGAAGAAUCGUUGCCUUUCUUCAACUCGAGACUCCUCCAGCAUGCACCAACGCCCGUGGCCACUGAUUCGCCCACCAAACUGGCUUUCAGCGACGAGGUGGCUCGGGAGCGUAGCACCCUUUUUGACCGUCUCCGUAAGCCUGGCAGCAUGUCAAGCAUCUCGUCUUUCCUCGACCGCCGAAAGAAUAGCUCCCACGCAGGAGCCAAUCAGUUUUUCAAGGGAUCCAGCAACGUCUCCAAGUCCUCACUUAUCUCUAUCGAGUCCACGCGCAGCUUUAACGCUGAUCGAAACCCCUGGAACGAUAGCGGAGUUAACCUUGCGGACGAUGAGCCGUGGCCUGCCAGGCCUUUUGGCAACGGCAUGGACCACAAGCUGACUGUCCCCCAGCCAGGCGAUAUGACGCCUCGCCACCACACCCGGCCGUCGGGCGACAGCGGACGGCCGUCGACUUCUCAUUCUACGAAUUCAGGAUACCCCGGCCCGGUUGGGCCUUUCCAGCGAUAGAUUCUUUCCAAAGUCUUGUCUCCUUUUUCGUUUUUUUUAGAAGCUCAUGCACGACACGAACAAAAAAAAAUACCCGGCUGGAUAUACCCUGGCGUGAAAAUACCCCCUGGUUCUGCUACAUGUGCUUUUACCUAGUUUGUCACUAUUUUGGUCUUAUACCUGUCAACGUUCUGCAUGUCUACUCUACUUUCUAGGACAGCUGCUUCUAGGUAGUAACGUCCCGUUGCCCUCUUUUGUCAAGUCUGUCAUGCAUUGUUUAUUUCAUUCUCCUUAUUGUCACGUCGAUCUCUUAUACCGUCAUUUAUGAUCGUUCCUAGCAUUUCUUUGGUCGACGUCCGCUCCUUUAUACCCCAUACCGUUUUUUUGCAUGACGGUGACUAUUCAUACGUCAAAAUCGCUGUUUUCAAGUUCUGCCUAUAUAUAUACCCAGGCCUUUGAUUUGGCCGACUAAGGUGAAGCGCAACGUUGUAGGUCUGGCCAUAUCGAAGACCAUGGCAAUAUCGAAUGAAUGGGGAAAUCUAGAUCUACCGGGCUUGUUUGUGGGACUAGAAGGUAUGAGCGAAGGAAUGGUUUUGCGAAGUUAUCCAUGUAGAGCGGUAUGGAAAAUAUUUCAAUUUACUGUGCGAGGCUAGCAGUCUGUUGGUUGUCAUUUUUAGCUCGGCUACUAGGUGCCCAAGUUAUCUGAUAAUCGAAGGUUGUUCUGAAGUCUAAUACCAAAGUAAACUACGAA